CAAUGUAGGCCUCGCUCCUGUAGCCCAUCUUCUUGUCAUAGAAGAAGACAUAGAUCCCCGGCAUGUUGUCAACCACAGAACUGUUGUCAACCACAGAGCUGUGGAAGACAACAGGGAAGAAGAUCAAGACAGUCCUCUUGUGGUAGCCAAUAUGGGUCUGGAGCAAGUCAGUCUUCUAAUUGUGGUCAACGGGGAAGAAGAUCAAGACAGUCCUCUUGUGGUAGCCAAUAUGGGUCUGGAGCAAGUCAGUCUUCUAAUUGUGGUCAACGGGGAAGAAGAUCAAGACAGUCCUCUUGUGGUAGCCAAUAUGGGUCUGGAGCAAGUCAGUCUUCUAAUUGUGGUCAACGGGGAAGAAGAUCAAGACAGUCCUCUUGUGGUAGCCAAUAUGGGUCUGGAGCAAGUCAGUCUUCUAAUUGUGGUCAACAAGGGUCUGGCUCAGGUCAGUCCUCAGGCUCUGGACAACAUGGGUCUGGCUCAGGUCAGUCCUCAGGUUUUGGACAACAUGGGUCCAGUUCAGGUCAGACUUCUGGUUAUGGCCAACAUGGAUCUGGCUCAGGUCAAUCCUCAGGCUUUGGACAACAUGGGUCCAGUUCAGGUCAGUCGUCUGGCCAUGACCAACAAGGAUCUGGCUCAGGCCAGUCCUCAGGAUUUGGACAACACAAGUCUGGUUCAGGCCAGUCCUCAGGCUUCAAACAACAUGGGUCUAGCUCAGGUCAGUCAUCUGGCUUUGGAAAACAUGGGUCUGGCUCAAGUCAGUCCUCAGGUUUUGGACAACAUGGGUCCAAUUCAAGUCAGUCCUCUGGUUAUGGCCAACAUGGAUCUGGCUCAGGUCAGUCCUCUGGUUAUGGCCAACAUGGAUCUGGCUCAGGUCAGUCAUCUGGCCAUGGUCAAUAUGGAUCUGGCUCAGGUCAGUCCUCAGGCUCUAGACAACACGGGUCUAGCUCUGGUCAGUCAUCUGGUUUUGGACAACAUGGAUCUGGCUCAGGUCAGUCAUCUGGCCAUGGUCAAUAUGGAUCUGGCUCAGGUCAGUCAUCUGGCUUUGGACAACACGGGUCAAGCUCCGGUCAGUCAUCUGGCCAUGGUCAAUAUGGAUCUGGCUCAGGUCAGUCCUCAGGCUCUAGACAACACGGGUCUAGCUCUGGUCAGUCAUCUGGUUUUGGACAACAUGGAUCUGGCUCAGAUCAGUCAUCUGGCCAUGGUCAAUAUGGAUCUGGCUCAGGUCAGUCCUCAGGCUCUGGAAAACACAGGUCUAGCUCAGGUCAGUCCUCAGGCUCUGGAAAACACAGGUCUAGCUCAAGUCAGUCCUCAGGCUCUGGAAAACACAGGUCUAGCUCACGUCAGUCCUCAGGCUCUGGAAAACACAGGUCUAGCUCAGGUCAGUCAUCUGGCUUUGGACAACACGGGUCUAGCUCAGGUCAGUCAUCUGGCCAUGGUCAAUAUGGAUCUGGCUCAGGUCAGUCCUCAGGCUCUAGACAACACGGGUCUAGCUCAGGUCAGUCAUCUGGCCAUGGUCAAUAUGGAUCUAGCUCAGGUCAGUCCUCAGGCUCUAGACAACACGGGUCUAGCUCUGGUCAGUCAUCUGGUUUUGGACAACAUGGUUCUGGCUCAGGUCAGUCAUCUGGCCAUGGUCAAUAUGGAUCUGGCUCAGGUCAGUCCUCAGGCUCUAGACAACACGGGUCUAGCUCUGGUCAGUCAUCUGGUUUUGGACAACAUGGAUCUGGCUCAGGUCAGUCAUCUGGCUAUGGUCAAUAUGGAUCUGGCUCAGGUCAGUCAUCUGGCUUUGGACAACACGGGUCAAGCUCAGGUCAGUCAUCUGGCCAUGGUCAAUAUGGAUCUGGCUCAGGUCAGUCCUCAGGCUCUAGACAACACGGGUCUAGCUCUGGUCAGUCAUCUGGCUUUGGACAACAUGGAUCUGGCUCAGGUCAGUCCUCAGGCUCUAGACAACAUGGGUCUAGCUCUGGUCAGUCAUCUGGUUUUGGACAACAUGGAUCUGGCUCAGGUCAGUCAUCUGGCCAUGGUCAAUAUGGAUCUGGCUCAGGUCAGUCCUCAGGCUCUGGAAAACACAGGUCUAGCUCAAGUCAGUCCUCAGGCUCUGGAAAACACAGGUCUAGCUCAAGUCAGUCCUCAGGCUCUGGAAAACAUGGGUCUAGCUCAAGUCAGUCCUCAGGCUCUGGAAAACACAGGUCUAGCUCAGGUCAGUCAUCUGGCUUUGGACAACACGGGUCUAGCUCAGGUCAGUCAUCUGGCCAUGGUCAAUAUGGAUCUAGCUCAGGUCAGUCCUCAGGCUCUAGACAACACGGGUCUAGCUCAGGUCAGUCAUCUGGCCAUGGUCAAUAUGGAUCUAGCUCAGGUCAGUCCUCAGGCUCUAGACAACACGGGUCUAGCUCUGGUCAGUCAUCUGGUUUUGGACAACAUGGAUCUGGCUCAGGUCAGUCAUCUGGCCAUGGUCAAUAUGGAUCUGGCUCAGGUCAGUCCUCAGGCUCUAGACAACACGGGUCUAGCUCUGGUCAGUCAUCUGGUUUUGGACAACAUGGAUCUGGCUCAGGUCAGUCAUCUGGCCAUGGUCAAUAUGGAUCUGGCUCAGGUCAGUCCUCAGGCUCUAGACAACACGGGUCUAGCUCUGGUCAGUCAUCUGGUUUUGGACAACAUGGAUCUGGCUCAGGUCAGUCCUCAGGCUCUGGACAACACGGGUCUAGCUCUGGACAGUCAUCUGGUUUUGGAAAACAUGGGUCUAGCUCAAGUCAGUCCUCAGGCUCUGGAAAACACAGGUCUAGCUCAGGUCAGUCCUCAGGCUCUGGAAAACACAGGUCUAGCUCACGUCAGUCCUCAGGCUCUGGAAAACACAGGUCUAGCUCAGGUCAGUCAUCUGGCUUUGGACAACACGGGUCUAGCUCAGGUCAGUCAUCUGGCCAUGGUAAACAUGGAUCUGGAUCAGGUCAGUCCUCAGGCUCUAGACAACAUGGGUCUAGCUCUGGUCAGUCAUCUGGUUUUGGACAACAUGGAUCUGGCUCAGGUCAGUCAUCUGGCCAUGGUCAAUAUGGAUCUGGCUCAGGUCAGUCCUCAGGCUCUGGAAAACACAGGUCUAGCUCAAGUCAGUCCUCAGGCUCUGGAAAACACAGGUCUAGCUCAAGUCAGUCCUCAGGCUCUGGAAAACACAGGUCUAGCUCACGUCAGUCCUCAGGCUCUGGAAAACACAGGUCUAGCUCAGGUCAGUCAUCUGGCUUUGGACAACACGGGUCUAGCUCAGGUCAGUCAUCUGGCCAUGGUCAAUAUGGAUCUAGCUCAGGUCAGUCCUCAGGCUCUGGACAACACGGGUCUAGCUCUGGUCAGUCAUCUGGUUUUGGACAACAUGGAUCUGGCUCAGGUCAAUCAUCUGGCCAUGGUCAAUAUGGAUCUGGCUCAGGUCAGUCAUCUGGCUUUGGACAACACGGGUCAAGCUCAGGUCAGUCAUCUGGCCAUGGUCAAUAUGGAUCUGGCUCAGGUCAUUCCUCAGGAUCUAGACAACACGGGUCUAGCUCUGGUCAGUCAUCUGGUUUUGGACAACAUGGAUCUGGCUCAGGUCAGUCAUCAGGCCAUGGUCAAUAUGGAUCUGGCUCAGGUCAGUCCUCAGGCUCUGGAAAACACAGGUCUAGCUCAAGUCAGUCCUCAGUCUCUGGAAAACACUGGUCUAGCUCAAGUCAGUCCUCAGGCUCUGGAAAACACAGGUCUAGCUCACGUCAGUCCUCAGGCUCUGGAAAACACAGGUCUAGCUCAGGUCAGUCAUCUGGAUUUGGACAACACGGGUCUAGCUCAGGUCAGUCAUCUGGCCAUGGUCAAUAUGGAUCUAGCUCAGGUCAGUCCUCAGGCUCUAGACAACACGGGUCUAGCUCUGGUCAGUCAUCUGGCUUUGGACAACAUGGAUCUGGCUCAGGUCAGUCAUCUGGCCAUGGUCAAUAUGGAUCUGGCUCAGGUCAGUCCUCAGGCUCUAGACAACACGGGUCUAGCUCUGGUCAGUCAUCUGGUUUUGGACAACAUGGAUCUGGCUCAGGUCAGUCAUCUGGCAAUGGUCAAUAUGGAUCUGGCUCACGUCAGUCAUCUGGCUUUGGACAACACGGGUCUAGCUCAGGUCAGUCCUCAGGCUCUAGACAACACGGGUCUAGCUCUGGUCAGUCAUCUGGUUUUGGACAACAUGGAUCUGGCUCAGGUCAAUCCUCAGGCUCUAGACAACACGGGUCUAGCUCUGGACAGUCAUCUGGUUUUGGAAAACAUGGGUCUAGCUCAAGUCAGUCCUCAGGCUCUGGAAAACACAGGUCUAGCUCAGGUCAGUCCUCAGGCUCUGGAAAACACAGAUCUAGCUCACGUCAGUCCUCAGGCUCUGGAAAACACAGGUCUAGCUCAGGGCAGUCAUCUGGCUUUGGACAACACGGCUCUAGCUCAGGUCAGUCAUCUGGCCAUGGUCAACAUGGAUCUGGCUCAGGUCAGUCCUCAGGCUCUAGACAACAUGGGUCUAGCUCUGGUCAGUCAUCUGGUUUUGGACAACAUGGAUCUGGCUCAGGUCAGUCAUCUGGCAAUGGUCAAUAUGGAUCUGGCUCAGGUCAGUCCUCAGGCUCUGGAAAACACAGGUCUAACUCAAGUCAGUCCUCAGGCUCUGGAAAACACAGGUCUAGCUCACGUCAGUCCUCAGGCUCUGGAAAACACAGGUCUAGCUCACGUCAGUCCUCAGGCUCUGGAAAACACAGGUCUAGCUCAGGUCAGUCAUCUGGCUUUGGACAACACGGGUCUAGCUCAGGUCAGUCAUCUGGCCAUGGUCAAUAUGGAUCUAGCUCAGGUCAGUCCUCAGGCUCUAGACAACACGGGUCUAGCUCAGGUCAGUCAUCUGGCCAUGGUCAAAAUGGAUCUAGCUCAGGUCAGUCCUCAGGCUCUAGACAACAUGGGUCUAGCUCUGGUCAGUCAUCUGGUUUUGGACAACAUGGAUCUGGCUCAGGUCAGUCAUCUGGCCAUGGUAAAUAUGGAUCUGGCUCAGGUCAGUCCUCAGGCUCUAGACAACACGGGUCUAGCUCUGGUCAGUCAUCUGGUUUUGGACAACAUGGAUCUGGCUCAGGUCAGUCAUCUGGCCAUGGUCAAUAUGGAUCUGGCUCAGGUCAGUCCUCAGGCUCUAGACAACACGGGUCUAGCUCUGGUCAGUCAUCUGGUUUUGAACAACAUGGAUCUGGCUCAGGUCAGUCAUCUGGCCAUGGUCAAUAUGGAUCUGGCUCAGGUCAGUCAUCUGGCUUUGGACAACACGGGUCUAGCUCUGGACAGUCAUCUGGUUUUGGAAAACAUGGGUCUAGCUCAAGUCAGUCCUCAGGCUCUGGAAAACACAGGUCUAGCUCAGGUCAGUCCUCAGGCUCUGGAAAACACAGGUCUAGCUCACGUCAGUCCUCAGGCUCUGGAAAACACAGGUCUAGCUCACGUCAGUCCUCAGGCUCUGGAAAACACAGGUCUAGCUCACGUCAGUCAUCUGGCUUUGGACAACACGGGUCUAGCUCAGGUCAGUCAUCUGGCCAUGGUCAAUAUGGAUCUGGCUCAGGUCAGUCCUCAGGCUCUAGACAACACGGGUCUAGCUCUGGUCAGUCAUCUGGUUUUGGACAACAUGGGUCUGGCUCAGGUCAGUCCUCAGGCUCUGGAAAACACAGGUCUAGCUCAGGUCAGUCCUCAGGCUCUAGACAACACGGGUCUAGCUCAGGUCAGACAUCUGGCCAUGGUCAAUAUGGAUCUGGCUCAGGUCAGUCCUCAGGCUCUAGACAACAUGGGUCUAGUUCAGGUCAGUCAUCUGGUUUUGGAAAACAUGGUUCUGGCUCAAGUCAGUCCUCAGGUUUUGGACAACAUGGGUCUAGCUCUGGUCAGUCUUCUGGUUAUGGACAACAUGGUUCUGGUUCAUGUCAGUCGUCUGGUUAUGGCCAACAUGCAUCUGGCUCAGGUCAGUCCUCUGGUUAUGGCCAACAUGGAUCUGGCUCAGGUCAGUCCUCUGGUUAUGGCCAACAUGGAUCUUGCUCAGGUCAGUCAUCCAGCCAUGGUCAACACGGAUCUGGCUCAGGUCAGUCCUCAGGCUUUGGACAAAAGGGAUCUGGUUCAGGUCAGUCUUCUGGCUAUGGCCAAUAUGGGUCAGGUUCAACUCAGUCUUCUGGCUUUGACCAUCAACAAUCAGGUUUAGCACACUCCUCUAGCUCUGGAAAACGUAGAUCUGGUUCAGGUCAAUCUUCUGGCUUUGACCAGCAUGGGUCUAAAACAGGCCAAUCCAGCUCAGAAUACCAUAGUGGAAGAAGGGGAUCUAGUCACAGUGAGUCCAGUGGCAGUGAAA